AUGCACUUUCAAACAGCCUUGCUCCAUCUCCUGGGGGCUUCCUUCGCAGCGGCCUACGCUGUUCAGCCCGCCGGCUCCAGCGAGAGCAUCCAUGUGUUCUCAGACUAUGCCGAUAUGGAUGUCCACGCUCUGCACGUUCAGACACUGUUCGAGACUCUUGGUGGAACAUUCAGAUUCCAGACCGAAGACGGCCGGUACACUUCUAUCAGCGCGAUACACCUGUACAAGGAUGCCAGCAAGUACUCCGGCGGCGGCGGCAAUGAGACGAACCGCUUCAUGCAGGAUGUUAACGAUGCUUUCAGUCUGGACGAUCGAAGCGUCGGACAAAUAGAAGCUCGCGCUCCAAUCCAAGUCAACAGCCGAACAUGCGCCAAAGAAGGCCAGCACGGCGACUACGCCAUCGCGGCCGCCGCGCAGCGGAACGCGAAUGCCAAAUUCUGCCACUUUCUGGACACGGUGACGCCCUCCUUCUGGGCCGUGGUCGGUCUGACCUUCUCCAACGUGGCGCGUGGCACCAGGGCGUCGCCGGCCCAGUUUGCUUGCCAAGGCGUUUGUACCUUAUAG